UUUCGGGCUCGGAAUUCUUUUCCCUGGAGACCUGUCGAGCUUUUCUUUCCAGUCAGGAAUGAAGGAAGGCUCAUGAAGCAGACUGUGGAAUGACUCUGUAACUCUUGCUAAACCUGUCCUAGGAUCUAGGAAGUGCUUCCUUUGCUGAGAUGGGCCUUUACACACGUGCCAUGCAUUUUCCUUCAGCUUAGUAUAUCGAGCCCGUAUGUUGCAAGGAGUACGGUAUAUCUCUCUAGAUAUACGACUUAAAAUUGGCAUAGGAAGACUAAUUUUUACAAUGUUAUGUGAAGUUUGGAUGUACUUCCGCGGGUGACUUGCCCAAAUCAUCCGGAUUCCAUUUUAGUGGAGGAUUACAGAGCUGGUGAUAUGAUUUGUUCUGAGUGUGGGCUAGUAGUAGGUGACCGGGUCAUAGAUGUAGGGUCAGAGUGGAGAACUUUCAGCAAUGACAAAGCAACAAAAGAUCCAUCUCGAGUUGGGGAUACCCAGAAUCCUCUGUUGAGUGAUGGCGACUUGAGUACAAUGAUUGGCAAGGGCACAGGUGCAGCAAGUUUCGAUGAAUUUGGGAAUUCAAAGUACCAAAAUCGCAGAACUAUGAGCAGCUCUGAUCGUGCGAUGAUGAAUGCUUUUAAAGAAAUUACGAACAUGGCAGACAGAAUCAACCUCCCUAGAAAUAUAGUUGAUCGAACAAAUAAUUUAUUCAAGCAAGUGUAUGAGCAAAAGAGCCUGAAGGGAAGGAGUAAUGAUGCCAUUGCUUCUGCUUGUCUCUACAUAGCCUGUAGGCAAGAGGGCGUUCCAAGAACAUUUAAAGAAAUAUGUGCAGUGUCCAGGAUUUCAAAGAAGGAGAUAGGUCGGUGUUUUAAACUUAUUUUGAAAGCUCUUGAAACCAGUGUUGAUUUGAUUACAACUGGAGACUUCAUGUCACGAUUCUGUUCCAAUCUGGGGCUUCCCAAACAAGUACAAAUGGCAGCAACGCACAUUGCCCGUAAAGCUGUGGAAUUAGAUUUGGUUCCUGGGAGAAGCCCUAUCUCUGUAGCAGCUGCAGCUAUUUACAUGGCAUCACAAGCUUCUUCAGAGAAAAGGACACAAAAAGAAAUUGGUGAUAUUGCUGGUGUGGCUGAUGUUACAAUUAGACAGUCAUACAGGCUGAUCUAUCCUCGAGCUCCAGAUCUCUUCCCAGCAGACUUCAAAUUUGAUACCCCAGUAGACAAACUACCACAGCUGUGAAAUUGCAGAGGGUUAAUUUCUAUUAAAAAAAACCCCAAACCCAACAAACUCUUUAUUUUUGCCUAUAAUAAAGGAUGUAUAAAGUGUUAA